UAAUUUAAAUAUGGCGACAUAUUAUCCAUCAAUGUAUGAUCUUUUCUUCCAAAAAUUGUUUUAUUAAUUGUCAGAAUUUUUCUCUACAAUGAAAACGUUCGUUUAAACGUCUAUAACCAAUAGUUCUGUACUUUAUCAUUUAUUUAUUUAUUUAUUCCUUUUUCUUUUGUAUAUUAAAUUCACGACACAUGUAAAUCCGGUUAUAUCAUUUCCUGUCAAAUUAAAACAUUCAAUAGUUUAACACAAUUGUAUGAAACGUAAUUAUAUCUAUUUGUCACAGUUAUUGUUUAAAAGGCAUCUGUUAUUAUAAUUUAUUUUACGUUUUAACAAUUUUAAUUAUGAAUAAAUAAACCAGUGAAUGAGACAACAUCAUGAAAUUAGAUUUGUGAAUUUUUGUAUAUAUUACAUAUAAAAGUGUAAUAUUGUAUAUAUGAAUUUAUAUUCAACAUAUGUUUUAGUAAACAGGGUUUAUGUUUAAUCAACGUCAGUAGGUACAACACAACGGACAUGUGGAAAUUCCUUAUAUCAUCGACGGUGUUGAUUGUUAUUAGCAUUUUAAAAACUAAGGCUGUUCUACUAGAAACAUCAUUUACUCCAAUCGUUGUAUCCGCUAACUAUACACAGAAUUAUGAUGCUACAAUAAACAAUACCAUUGAAUAUGUAUUCUUAUAUCCUACGAAUAAUAACACAUUAUUAAAAACUGCACGAAUACAAGUGGAAAGUGAUGCUACUUCUGAUCUUCCUUUAAUCGUAGUGGUUCGACAAGAUCGAGGAAUUCUAUCAUGGCAAAUUCCUCUUAUCAUUGAAAGCGUAAAUUUUGAUCCAUUGAAGUAUAACAAGACUAGUCGAACAUUAUGUUCAACAAAGUAUUAUAGAAGUAGUUAUCGUGAUGCAGAUGACCAAGAUUUUAUUUCUGUUAGUAUAUCUACAGCUAGUCAUACAAAUAUAUUUUUUAAUCUUAGUGUAGCAGAGGAAACAGAUUUUAAUAUAAGGACAGAUGAGAAAAGAAGUUUUGAAAUUUCUCCUUCCGAGCCUAUAUAUUACAGUUAUAUAUUUCCAGAAAAAUCUCAAAGUUCAUCCGUAAUUGUUAGCAUUGAAUCAGAUAAUGAUAUUUGCAUGACAUUUUCUAUACAAAACGUAUCCUGUCCAGUAUUUGAUUUGGAACGUAAUAUUGAAUUUUCUGGAUAUUGGCAAACUAUAAGUCGAAAAGGCGGUAUUACUGUAUCUAAAGAAGCAUAUCCUUCAGGAUUUUUUGUUGUACUAGUUGUUAAAGGAGAUGAUACGGAUUGUAAUGGUGUGCUUAGCACCAGUUCGCCUAGAAAUAAAAAUGUUACAUUAACUGUACAUUCUAGUAUUACGAAAAAAGAUUAUAUUGUAGCAUCAUGUAUAGCAACAUUUGUUAUUAUCAUAUUUUGCGGAUGCUGCGUGAUAGCUGUGGUCGUAGGUAAAAUUAGGGAAGGUAGAAAAGUUCGAGAAGAAUUGCUAACUGACAGGAACAAUGAAUUUAAUCAAAAUUUACAAAGUCCUUCAACCGUUGAAGCGGUUGGUCCUAGUCAAUGGGCAACGGUAGAAGAAGAUUCUUCGUUGGACGAGGACGACAUAGAUAUGAUGGAGGAUGCUCUUUCAGAUAAAGAAGUAAUACGAACUAAAAUCGUACUCUCGGUGUGUGAUCUGGCACGAAAGGAACCCAACAUUUUGAAGCAUAAAUCACGCUUAUAUUUAUAUUAUUUAGCAACUGUUGCUAUUUUCUAUACGUUACCUGUCUUGCAAUUGGUAGUAACAUAUGAACGAGUACUUCAUGCUACCGGAAAUCAGGAUAUGUGUUAUUACAAUUUCUUAUGUGCUCAUCCAUUGGGAUUAAUAUCAGAUUUUAAUCAUGUCUUUUCUAAUUGCGGAUACGUUCUACUCGGCAUAUUAUUUAUAUUUUUAACGUAUUCACGAGAACUAGCCGAAUCAGAUAAUCUAAACACAAAAUGUUAUGGAAUACCACAGCAUUAUGGAUUAUUUUAUGCAAUGGGUUUUGCGCUUAUUAUGGAAGGCGUUCUUUCAGGAAGUUAUCACAUUUGUCCGAGUCGUAGUAAUUUUCAGUUUGAUACUAGUUUUAUGUAUAUAAUAGCAGUGCUAUGUAUGAUCAAAAUUUAUCAAACUCGCCAUCCUGACAUAAAUGCAAGAGCUCCGGUUACUUUUGGAAUAUUGGCCCUCAUCAUACUUUUAGGAUUAAUCGGAGUUUUGGAUGGUUCCAAAUAUUUUUGGGCAAUAUUUACGACUACACAUUUGUUUGCUUGCUUAAAUUUAACAGCACAGAUCUAUUACAUGGGACGUUGGAGAUGUAACAGAGGCCUUUUCUCUAGGGUUUAUCAAACAUUUAAAAACGAUGCACGUUGCGGAGUAACAUAUUUAUUCCGGCCACUUUACGCUGGAAGAUUUGCAAUGCUCGUUGUAGCAAAUUUAUGUAACAUCGGUUUAUCGGUUUACGGCAAUUUAUAUCAUGAGAAAAAUUUUGCUACAUUUUUAUUAGCAAUCUUGAUGUCCAAUUUAAUUUUAUAUACAUUAUUUUAUAUAAUAAUGAAGUUGUGCCAUAAAGAGAGAAUUUUGCUUAAACCAUUAAUGUAUAUUGUAUUCGCAGUUUUAUUCUGGGCAGCUGCAUUAUAUUUCUUCAUACAUAAAACAAUAUCCUGGAAUCUAACACCUGCCCAAUCACGUCUCUUUAAUAAACCUUGCGUGUUAUUAAACUUUUUCGAUUCCCACGAUAUUUGGCACUUCUUAUCAGCAUUCGCGAUGUUUUUCUCCUUUAUGAUUUUACUUACCUUGGACGACGAUAUCGUCGAUGUACAUCGAAGUCAAAUUCCAGUUUUUUAAUGUUACAUUUAAAUAAAUUGAGAUCAUGUUCAU